AUGUCAACAAAUAAAAAAGUUAAAACAGAUAAUAAUAAUAAAAUAUUUCAAGAUUUAAUUGAUUUUGAAAUUUUAAGAUAUUUAAUCGAUUAUUUAUUAAUCAGCAAGAAAAAUAAAAAUAAAAAUAAAAAUAAUAAUCAAUAUGAAAUUAAUAGAUUUUAUUUUAAUAGAAAUGAAAUAUUAAAUUAUAUAUUAGUUUCAAAAAAGUGGUAUAAUUUUAUAUCAUUAACAAUAUCAAAUAAUAUUAUUGAAAAAAAAUCAUUUGAACAUUUGUUAGAAAUUAAAAAUAAUAAUAAAAAAUCAUUUAUUAAAAAUUAUAAUAAUCAAAAUCAAUAUGAUAAAAAUAAUUUAAUUAUCAAGGAUCUAUAUUAG